UGCGGGAGCGCAGCGCGGGCGGGCAGGGAGCGGGAGGAGCCUUCGCGCCCGGCCGCCGGGGCAGGGGGCUCAGGGGCCGGGGGGACGCGCUGCCCCCGCCCGGCCGCUGCCCCCGCCCGGCCACCCCGGCGCCCCCCGCGGGCUGCAGCGGGGCCACGGUGCCGGGCGCGCCCGUGCCAGCAGCCAUGGGGUUAACGGGAGGCAGCGAGCGAGAGAGACAGAGACAGAGAGAGAGAAAGAGGGGCUGGACCAGUCCUCGGCAGCUGUUUAUUUCAAGGCAUCUCUCGCUCCCUCUCCCUCAGCCAAGGCUCAGCCUCAGCAAACCUUCCUCCUCCUCCUCCUCCUCCUCCUCCUCCUCCUGCUCUCCUUCCUUCGUCCUGGCCAUGAGAGGCACGGGCAGCAGCAGCUGUGCUCCCCCAGCCCCCUGCUCUGCCGCCCCGGCUGCGCCCCACUCGUCUCCUCGCAAGUGAAGAAGAUGAGACAACAUCCUCACUGAGCAAAGACGCUGCUGCAUCUGAGAUGGAGCCCAGUGCUUGGUAGGUUCACAGCUUCCCACACUGGCAGCAGGAUGCCUCCACUCCUCUCCUGCAUCCACUCCCUGCAGCUGUGGCAUCUCCUCCUCAUCAUCUCGGCCAUCCCUCCUCCUGGCAUCUGGUCUCUUCGCUCUCGCGUCCCAAUGGCCGCUCGGCCUCUUUGCACCCGUCGGAGCCCCUCAGCCCCACGGCCCAUUUGCAUCUGGGAAAGGACCUCGCUGCCAGAGCGGGAUUCUCGCUCGGCCCAGCUGCGCCAGCGUGCCCUGCCUGCCCGGGGAGCAGAGCUGCGGCACGUCGUGCGGCUGAGGCGCCAGGCGGCGGGGGCCCGUCCUGCCACCCCCUCCGGAUUUGAGGACGGCAUGCCCUCUUCCCAGUACCCCUGGGCGAUCGUGUGGGGUCCCACGGUGUCAGACGAGGAUGGAGGGGACACAAACUCAGCCAACCCAGGCUUCCCACCGCUGGGAUACACAUUUGUCUCACCGCACGGGAUGGCAACGGCACAGCCCAACUCCCACUCGCUCCUGCAUAACGCGGGGCUCAACCUGCGGGAGACCCCGGCCACCCUGCGGCCCUUCCUGUUUGGGCCCCGGGGGGAAGGCGUGGAUCCCCAGCUGUACGUCACCAUCACCAUCUCCAUCAUCAUUGUCCUGGUUGCCACCGGGAUCAUAUUCAAGUUCUGCUGGGACCGCAAUCAGAAACGCCGGCGUCACUCGGGGCAGCAGAGCAGUGGGAGGCAGCAGGAGAGCCAGCAGCCUCUCACAGACCUCUCCCCCACCACCGUCAGCAUCCUGGGGCCCUACGGCGACUCCCUGGCCCCCACACCUGAGGCAGAGGAGUCCAGGCAGGGCCAGGAGGGUGUGGAGAAACUGGGUGGCCAUGGGAAGAACGCAGCCUUCCAACUCAACCGAAUCCCAUUGGUGAACCUGUGACGCUCCUGGGAGAGGCUGAGCUGGCUCCCCCCAACCCUCCUGCCACAGCUGGCGAGUGCAGAUUCCCGCUGCCUCUGCUACCCCAGGAAACAACAAUCUCCUUGUGCCACGGCCCACCACCACCAUUAUUAACUAACCCCACUGGGACGUGCCUGGGCGAAUGGACGAGCUGGGCCUCCUUAGCCUCCUGCUGGGGGAAGGUUAGGGAUCCUCCCGCCCACAGAGGACAGGGGGAUGGGAGAGCAGGAUGUUGGGAGGGAAGACAGCUGGUGGCGGUGUGAAAUCUUGACCUCCCCAGCCCCUCUCCUUGCAUAUGUGCGCUGACACACUUGGAUCUCCAUGACUCUCUCACCAGUGCAUGCCUGACAUCUGGGGUAGGCAAGGUGGAAAGGCGUACCCCUGUCCCCGUGGGCCCUAACCCCUCCGUGUGUCUCCUCCCAUGUCGUGUGCUUUGCAGUGAACGUCUGGAGUUCAGUGGCUGCAGGAUUGCCCGCUGGGGCUUGGUCUCCCCUGAGCCAAGGUGACUCAGGUGGCAGCAGGUUCUUCUGUUCCUGAGGCCUUGGUUUUCCUGAGAUCCCAAGGGUGGGUGAAGCUUGGGCAGAAGAGGCUCAUGCAGUACCUGGGCCCCCUCAACAACCCAUUUUUUUGAAGGAAACAUUACCUCUCCCCUAGAUGGAAGAUAUUCACAUCUUUCCAGUUUCUUUCUGCCUAACAUUCCUCUGUUUUUUUCUCUUCAACUUCCAUCUUUCUUCAUCUCUCAGUUCACAGUUUUCUUUCCCUCAGUUCCCACCACCCUUCCACUUCUCUUGCCAGUUAAAGUUGGAAAAGAAUCCUUUAGCUUUCCAAAUAUUUUGAUCUGUUGAAAGCCUCCUUGCUGUCCCCCUCCGCUCCCUCAGUCUUCUUCAACAAGGUUUUUCUGAAGAACACUGGUCUAUGGUGAUGUUCUUCAGAAAAUCCAAGGCAAAGCCCUCUGCUCACAGUGUUACUUAGCAAGCAUCCCGGACACUGCAGCCAAGGCAUGGCAUGCAGACAUGGCUGGGAAUGAGGAACUUGAGUUUUGCUGGGCUGAGGUAGGGAAUUGCUUUCAGACCCUCACAGCACAGGCAACAAGCAGCCAACAAGACUCUCUGUGCCUGGUAUGACAAAGAGCAAUUUCGAGCUGACUUUGGGAACACUGGAAGGGUUGCCACGUACUGCUGGUAGAUCUCUCCUGGAGUGCGAGGUGACUGGAAACCCAUGAGACAAUAUUCACCAAGGGUGUUAAAGAGGGGAUAUCUGGGGUCCUAAGCUUCCUAAGUGUAUUGCCCCAGCUAAUUGGGAACUGAAAGCAACGGCAGAGGUAUCUGUCCAUACUGGUUGUCUCUGCAUGUCCUUCAGGGCUGUGGUGGUCCAUGGGACAGGCAGCCACACUGUCACUGUGAGCAAGAUCCAUGCAUCUCCACCUCUUUCUGUGUGUGGACCCAGGGUGUCACUUUGAGGGAGAUGGCAAAUUUCAGCUUAAUGACAAUAGUUGCUCUCCCUUGCUUUUCUCUUUUGUGGACACCUUCAAAUUAAUUAAAACACCACACUAAUAGCCACUGAGCUGAAACAUUUAGGUAAGGUUGCCCCUAUAGUGUUCAAACACCUUCAGCUGCAGGACUAAUGUGGCCAGAGACAGGAAACUCAUACACAAUUUGAAGACUCUAUUGCACGAUACAAAAUUUCUGGCAAAAGUCAUGUUGGAAAGGAAAUGGCCCUUUCACACUUUAUCUCUGCAGUAAAAGCCUAUUCUUUAUAGGAAAAAGCACAGGGAAUUUCAUAAGAGGCUUGUUUCUGCCCAUUUACCCAGACGAACUGUGAGGUGAUCUCAGGUCCCAUCUGACUCACUGUGAAGGACAUUUAAAUGAGAGUGUAAAUUACAAUAAGCUUUGCAAAAAACAGCAGAGAUUUGGAGAAAAUGACAGGUCAAAUAAAAUUACUGGCUUAUUAAAAGCAGAGAAUGGCUGAAAGGUGUAGGUGGAAAAGGACUCUGGAGAUCUCUAGUCUAAGCACAAGGUUGAGUCUGUGCUUAUAACAGGGGAUAUUAGUGCUUUACCAUAGAUCGAUCUGUUACUGAGCCUGUUCUUAUUCAGGCUUCAUUCAAGGCUUUGGUGGACACUCAAGCUGUGAAUGGACAGAGAUGGGCCAGGUGGCUGUUCCUGCUCUCUGCCCCAUUCGCUGCUGCCCCUGCCAGCUGAGGGCGGCUGGGGGCUGUUCCCCCUCUUGCUGGCACAUCCGUGCUGGGAGGGGAAGGACAUGUGCGCACAGCCUGCAGGAGGCUGCACUCCUGAUUGCUGGCAGUUUACAAUAGAAUGCCUUGAACUAGUUUAAGUAAUCUUCCAGACCAGAUUAAUUAGAUUUUUCUUUGAUCGACAGUGUUUCUUGAAACAAGGCCAGAGUUUGGACUCUUCACUUCAAGGGCUGUCCUUGAACUUUGUUUUUCCACAUGAUGCAUGGAGAGAAGGUCUGUAAGAAAGUGGGAGGGGAUCACAGGAGGCACAAUGAAAACAUUUUCCAACAUUUGUUGAGUGGAAGCCCUGCGCUCUCCUGGCCAGGCUUUUGCAAAUUCUGCAAACAAGUUAGAUUUCAGUGGUUUGGGGUUUUUUCCUCCCCCUUUUACAUGUCUCUGGUUUUGGAAAAAGUAUCUCCAGGGAGUGAAAACUUUCAUGGAUACUGUGGUAAGGGGGAAGCUGGUGAAUGCAGUAGAGAAAACUCUUACAACAACAGAAGCUUGGGUAUGUUGAACAUCUUUUCUAAGACCAAUUUUCCUAGCCAAAUAUGUUUUUAUGACAGUCAUUCACUCUCUCACACAAAACAGGUUAGGUAUGGGGAAACAACUUCACAGUCCUGCCCAAACAUUCAUUGCUGUUUUGUCCCUGGAACAAAACAUUAAAAACACAAGUAAACACACAGGCUUCUUCCAGUCAUUAAAUAAUCUCACUGAA